UACAGCAUUACACCAUGAAGGGGAGAUUUGCCGGUCAGUGAGUGACAGCAACGCCUGCUGGCGGACAUGCCCAGCACUUGGAAAUGCCCCGAGCAACGUCAUUUCGAAAGUGAAUGUAAAAAUGUAGCCAGUACAUCAUAGACAGAAUAAGAGCCAGUAGCCUAUAAAGCAAUGUGAACUGUAGAGUGAGUCAGAGAGUGAAUAAACUCACACACACACGCUGCAGACACAGAGAAUGAAAACCAUGAGUGCUGUAAAUGCAGUUCAACUAUUUUUUCUGGUUUGGACUUUUUCUGCUGUCUGUCGAGCUGACGAUGACAUCAGUGUAAACUGUGAGGAUGUGACUGGAACUGUGAGUGAAGAAGUAACUUUAACCUGCAGCGUCUCUCUGAAGAAGUCUGGAUGCUGCUUUACAGUGUAUAAGUUUCUAUAUCCUGAGAGAUAUAAUGACCCAACAAUCUGUAAAGAGUUUCCUCAGGACUCAUGUGAACAGAGAAACAGCUUCACAUGCAGAUUCACUCCAACUACAGCAAUGAAGGAACAAUUCAGAUUCUUCAUCCAACCAGUGUGUGGGGGAAAAACUACACAAUUCACUGUGAACAUAACAGAUACAAAACCGGAGAAUAAAGGCAAUCAGGCAAAUUGGGCAGGUCCUGUAACAACACAGAGUCCUAGACCACAAUCUAAGACCACUGUCAUCGCUGCAGUUAUGGGCUGUUUCAUCUUCAUCAUCAUCAUCAUCAUGAUAAUCAUUUACAAAAAGACACCAAACUACAGCAAACCUUGUGCAUUCCAGAGGAGGAUAUUUCAGGGCCAUAAACGCGAUGAUAACAACAGCAGCAAUAUCCAAGAGCAAAAUCCAGAUAAUGUGAUGUAAUAUCACUGACUCAACAUUGAGUUUAUUGACUUUAAAUGUGAAGAUCAUGCAAGACAUAAGCUUUAUAGGAACUCCAGUAAAAUAUAUCUGUAUACAUUAUUUACUAUCUGUUACACCUCAAACUACUGAAAUAUAUAACUCUGGUUGAAGGUUUUAAAAAUAUGUUUUAUAUGUUUGUUUGUUUUUUGUUAAAUUGAUUUCUGUGAAAUAAUGGUACAGUAUUGAUCUCUUUGAUGUGUGUGUGUGUGUGUGUGUGUGUGUGUGUGUGCGUGUGUGCGUGUGUGCGUGUGUGUGUGUGUGUGUGAACAUUAAUGCAACAAAUCCCAAACUGUGUUUGGUUUUGCCCUUUUGUAAAAUUUGACUUUUAAUAUUCUCUGUACCUGCUAUUUUCUAAUACUUUGAGCUGUGUACUUUUUAUAAAUAAUAAAAAACUCUCUAAAGAUGAA